AUGGCGGCAGUGAAUGACGUCGCUCGUGAUCUGGCUGAUCCGCCACGGUAUCGUCCACCACCGACUCUGGCCGAGAAGGCGGCCAUGGAGCGGGCGGCGCUGCGGGCGGCGCAGGACGCAGAGUACCAGGCGUCGCUGGCAGCCGAUCGGGCAGCGGCGGCUGCAGUGGAGGCUGCCAAGGCCCGGAGAGCCGAUGCGCUGGCGGCACUGGCCCAGCUCGAUACAAAUGAGGCGCCGAAAGACGAAGCGGUGCGGAUCGCACUGCGCCACCGCCGCGGGCGGGCGGUCCGUGUGUGGGCAUCAAGUACACCUGUAGCGCGUUUGUUUGACUGGGCUGUGGCCGAGGCCGGUGCUGCGGCGGCAUCUGUUCGCGGCUCGCUGGUUCUGAUCGUCGCUGACGGGCCGCUCACCCGACUCACCGAGGCCGCCCACGCCGAGGCCAGCCUGGGCGACGUCGGGCUGGAUAGUGGCUCUUUCGUGGUCGACGUCGAACGCUGAGCUCAGACCAGAACCUUGCCGGGAUUCAGAAUGCCUUGGGGAUCGAACACAUCCUUGAUAGCGCGCAUGUAGGCCAGCGCAGUCUUGGACUGCGAGUAGUGGGCAACCGAAGCCUUCAUCUGCCCGAGACCGUGCUCGGCCGAGAUCGACCCGGCCAGUGCAGCCGUCGCUUCGUACACG